AUUAGCAGUGAAUCGGAUAAAGACUCACAAGUUGAGAACUCUUCAGAGAAUACUCCUUUUGCAAGUCCACAAUUAGGAAAUCCCGAGAACUAUCCACUUCGUCCACAACUGCUGAAGACGCUUGCGCUAUACAUUCUAAAAGAUCACCCAGAAACCCUUGCCAGUGGUGUCGAGAUUCUGAAACCUAUAAAAUCGCAUGCUCAAUAUUCUCUAACGAUAAAGUUGCAAAGUACGAGCUUACUUAGUUCACCAAGUAUGAGUGUAGAUGGUUCGUCAAAAUUGCCUUCACAACUACCCCCAGCAACUCGGGAUAAUCACCUCGACUAUGUUAAGCUCAUUCUGCCAACAUCCACUCCGACAGAAGACGUCGAUUUUAUUCCCCUAUACAACAAAAUUUCCCCUGCCGAAGCCCAAAAUGAUAGAACGAGCCGAGAUGUCAUAAAAUCUUAUUACGAUUUCGGAGGUUUAUCACCACGUUAUAAAUCCCAUAAGAAAACCAACCGAAAGCGUCCAUCUCUGAUCCUGGUUAAUAAUGAGGUGAGGUUAGAAAUCAAAGCAAAAUGUGAAAAAAGUGGCCCUGAUCCAAAAAGUAUACAUACCCGCUUCGACCAGAUACUCGCAACACCGCUCCCAUACUUCCCAACACAGCAUCAAGAUAGUCCUAACCACUCAAUAGUGAUGGUUCCAUUCUUCAAUCUACUCGUUUACACCAGCGUUGCAUUUGGCGGUAAUGAAGUCUAG